UCUACUCUUAUCUGCCACAAAUCGACUAACCCUUUCAGUUAUUUUCCAAAGAUUAUUAUUUAAUCUUAUCGGUGGAUGAAAUUCCAAUCUUAUCAUCGAUGGAUGAAAGUUUGAGAAGUGCAGCUCAGUCAGGAAAUAUAGAUGCCUUGUACGCAUUAAUUGAAGAAGACGCGGAUGUUUUACGACGCAUCGAUGAGAUGGAGUUUGUUGAUACUCCACUACACAUCGCUGCAGCUGCAGGGCACACUGAGUUUGCAAGGGAGUUGAUGAACUUAAAGCCAUCAUUCGCCAGGAAGCUCAACCAAAGCGGCUCUAGCCCCCUUCACCUAGCCUUGCAAAAUAAACAAGAAAAGAUGGUGGAUGAUCUCCUAUCAAUUGAUAAAAAUCUUGUUCGUGUCAAAGGAAGGGAGGGCUACACUCCUCUUCAUCAUGCAGCCAGAGAAGGAAAUGAUUCUCUUCUGUCUAAAUUUCUGGAGAAAUGCCCCUCUUCUAUCUUAGAUGUGACUGUUCGGAAUGAGACUGCUCUGCAUAUUGCAGCAAAAUAUAAUAAGUUAGAAGCUUUAAAAGCCAUACUGGAAUGGCUUCCCAUUUCAUUCCACGGAUCAAUCAUAAACUCGGAGGACAAGGAUGGAAACACUGUGCUGCACAUAGCCGCAUCAAAUAACCAAACCCAGAUGAUCAAACUGUUAAUACAAAGCAAGAGAGUUUUGACGGGUAAGGUUAACCAGAGUGGUUUUAGACCUUUAGAAGUCUUAGAGGCACAAGCUCGAGAUGACAGCAGAGACAGUGUGAACAUUCUGAAACGUGCCAAAGAUCCGGCCUAUAUUAUUAUAGAGAAGAUGUUCUCUCCAAAAAUUCGGGGUUAUAUCGAAAUAAUGACUGAAAUUCGGGAGAUGAAAACUGAAACGGUCAAUACGUUGCUAGUCGUAUUGUCACUGAUUCUAACGAUGACUUACCAAGCUGUUCUCAGCCCACCGAUUGUCGUUGCCAAGAGAAUCAUAAUCCUUCUGGUUCCUCUAUACUUCAUUAUGGCUUGUUGCUACUCUGUUGCGCAUGCUAUCAUAGCUCCAAACCCCUAUGUCUAUUUUGGUGCUUCUGCUGGCGUGAAGGCGAAUCUGAUUCCAUUUCAUGCUAAAGGAAUGGAGGAUGGUUUCUUGAGGGACAUCGAUCAAAUGGAGUUUGUUGAUACUCCGUUACACGUAGCUGCAGCUGCAGGAUGCACUGAGUUUGCAUUGGAGUUGUUGGACUUAAAGCCAUCACUUGCUACGAAGCUGAACCAGGAAGGUUUGGGCCCCAUGCACCUUGCGUUGCAGAAUGAGCAUGCAGAGACGGUGCUCUCACUCCUGAGAUUCGAUAAGAAUCUCGUUCGCGUCGAAGGAAAGAACGGCUACACUCCUUUCCUUUACGCAGUAACGAAAGGAGACAGUCCUUGCAGAACAACAGCUUCGAAGCUUUUCAAGUUCUAA